UGUCGGGUUUAUCCACGCCUGAAACUUGUCCGUGUUUUGUGCUCGAAGUUGGGAACGCAAGAAGUGGCGUUGUGCCGAUAUAAGGGCGGGCGAGCUAGCGGGCUAGCGUCUGUCAGUGCGCACCAUGGCACUUCGCGGUGCGCUUGUCCUACUGGUGCUGCUACUGACGGCGGACGGGGCUCCGGCGACCCUCAGGACAGAUUUCCGCGUGUUCUGGAACGUGCCCACAUUCAUGUGUCACCGGUACGGGAUGAACUUCAGUGACGUCCACAGCCGCUGGGGUAUAGUGCAGAACCACGGAGACCUGUUCCGGGGAGAUCGCAUGGUGAUCCUGUAUGAUCCAGGAGAGUUUCCGGCUCUGCUGCAGGAUAAGCGCGGCAACUUGCAGUUCCGGAAUGGGGGCGUGCCCCAGGAGGGAGACCUCGCGCGACAUCUUAGCAAGCUGAGGGCACAGGUGGACGAGCUCGUGCCUGACCACAACUUCCGGGGUCUGGGAGUUAUUGAUUUCGAGAAAUGGCGUCCCAUCUGGAGACAGAACUGGGCAUCUAUGUUGCCAUACCAAGACGUGUCUCGCAAGAUUGAAAAGCGACAUCAACCAUUUUGGUGGACACCUAAACAAAUUGAAGCAGAGGCCUCACGUCGCUUUGAGAAUGCUGCACGUGAUUUCUUGCUGUCGUCUCUCGAGCUGGUGAAACAGAUGCGCCCUAGCGGUCAGUGGGGAUACUACAUAUUCCCUUACUGCUUCAACUACACACCAAAGAACAUGAAGCCCAGCUGCGAGGCCCAGGUUCAGCACGAGAACGAUGAGCUCCGGUGGCUGUUUGACAGCAGCACAGCGCUGUUCCCGUCCCUUUACCUGUCCAAGCUGAACACAACACCUGAACGGCGCGUCCAGUUUGCGAUUGGCCGCAUGAACGAGACAGUGCGAGUUGCCCGGAACGUGCCACGUCUUGAAAAACCAACUGUCAAUGCUUACAUCCGCUAUCGUUACCAGGACGUGGGGGAGUUCCUCACCCAGGUGGAACUGGACGAGAUCACAGUGCGUCAGGAGAUUGUGGAGGUGCAGCUGGACCCAUCAAUGCUGCUAUAUGUGAACAACUCAAAGUCCAGUUCUACCAACACAAAUCAGCAAAGCCCUGCUCCCUGUCAGCAAGCAGCAGCUGCAGAGAAGCCUACCCCUACCACCGACCUUAGUGCCCUGAAGAGAGCGCGAAUCAAGCCCAAAAGAGAGCCAGUGCCUGUCACACAGCAAGGUGGUGGUGAUGAUGAUGAUGAUGAUGAUGAUGAUGAUGAAAGCAAUGAUGAGAAUGACAGCGAAAAUGUUCCUAGUGACAAUGAAGGCAGGAAGUGGAAUUCCCAUCCCUGUGACGUAUGUGGGAAGGCUUUCAGGGAACGGAGCCACUUGGCCACCCAUAAACGCAAACACGUGACAGAGAGACGGUUCAAGUGUAACGAAUGUGGAUCUUGCUUCAAAACCAAGUCUAGUUUGCACUUCCACAUGAAGCGGCACUCAGAAGCUCCAUUUGUGUGUGAUCCAUGUAACAAAGUGUAUCCUGAACGUAAACAGCUGAUGCGUCACAUCCGGGUUGUGCACACAUCAAUAAAUCGAUAUCCGUGUGACCAGUGCGAUAAGGCAUUCAAAACACGACAGAAACAUGACCUACAUUACACAUUGCACACAGGUGAGAAACCGUUUGUAUGUGACCUUUGCCAGAAAGCUUUUGUGUACAAGAGUACAUUCAUGCAGCAUAUGAAUUCCCAUGCUGCAAAUAAAGAGUUUAAAUGUGAUAAGUGCCCUAAGGAGUAUGCUGUGUGUGCAGAAUUCAAACGCCAUUAUAUGAACCAUACAGAUUUCCGUCCAUUCAAGUGCACUGUUUGUGGUAAGGCUUUCCCCUUAAAAGGGACACUAAAGAACCACAUGAAGAUCCAUGCACCAGAGAAGCCUUACAAGUGCAACAGAUGUGAGAAAAGCUUCAUGAAGAAACAGUCACUAGACUGCCACAUGAUGUUGCACGAUGGGCAGAGUCCGCAGUUCAUGUGUGAUCAGUGCUCCCAGUCAUACUACAAUGUCUUUGCUUUGAAGCGACAUUAUCUGAAGCAUACAGGUGAACGGGGCUUCCGCUGUGAGGUCUGUCACAAGGCCUUUUGGAUGAAGGAUGCGCUCAAGGUCCACAUGCGCACACACAGUAAUGUCAAGAUGUUCCCCUGCAAAGAGUGCCACAAAGCAUUUGCACACAAACACACCCUGGAUUCACACAUGAAGAUCCAUGCUGGUGUGGCAUCCCAUGUGUGCCACUUCUGCCACAAGACGUUCAUCCACAAAGCGAACCUCACACGCCACAUCAAACUGCAUGAGGCCGAUCAAAUCACUGCCCACAGUGCUGCCAGGAACAUGUCAUCAGAGUAGAGGAAAGUUUCGUUAAGAAGAUGCUGCAGCCGUCUUCAAGGUAGAACAGCCUUCAUCAUCAGGGUAGCCGUGGAGGCGAAGUUGGAUGCAGUAUAUGCCUCCGAAACGUCGGUAGCCACCUACCAAACCCCAGAAGACUGAAGUGAACCGCUGCAGUUUGAGUCGGAGCGGAGUGGCGGAAGAUGGGA